CCACCCAUCACACCGCCCCCUGCUCCUACAACAGAUAGCGGAGAGAAGAGAAGAGACGAGCGACGAUGGAAGACUCGAAGAAGCGAAAGCUGGAGGAGGAAGGCGGCAGUGGAGGCGCCUUCGCUAUGGAAUUCUCCAAGCAGCUGCGCUUCCUUCUCGACCCUCUCAGAAAGGAUCAGCUCGUCGAUCUCCUCGUCAAAUUAGGUAACCAGUAUCCUUCAGUUGCAGAAGAAAUUAAAGGUCUUGCCAGUGAAGAUCCUGUUCAUCGCAAGCUUUUUGUUCGUGGCUUGUCUUGGGAGACUACUUCAGAAACUCUGUGUGCUGUUUUCAGUGUUCACGGAGAAAUUGAGGAGGGAGCCGUUAUUGUUGACAAGGCAACUGGGAAAUCCCGUGGUUAUGGCUUCAUUACCUACAAGCAUAUGGAAUCCACUCAAAAGGCAUUGCAAGAACCCAGCAAGUUGAUUGAUGGCCGUUUGGCUGUCUGCAACCUUGCGUGUGAAGGCCUAAGCAGCACUUCUGUAACCAGUGAUUUAGCACUUAGGAAGAUAUAUAUAGGAGGCCUUUCUCCGGAUAUAUCCAGUGAGAACUUGCUUAGUUUCUUUAGCAGGCAUGGAGAGAUCGAAGAAGGUUCAGUUGCCUAUGAUAAAGAGACUAACAAAUCAAGAGGGUUUGGUUUUGUCACGUUCAGGACAGUUGAGGCAGCAAAGAAGGCCAUAGAUGACCCAAACAAGACACUUGGGGGAAGGAACAUUACUGUGAAGCUCGCAGACUCACCCAAGAGCAAAAUCAUGCAAUCACAAGUUCCAGCUGCAAUGGUCCCAAUAACUAUACCAGUUCCAGUGGGAUAUGCACAGACUGGAAAGGCGCAGAUCGGUAGCUCAGCGACUGUUGGCUAUGCUUCUUACCCACCAGCACUGGCAGCAUAUCCCGUUGCUUAUCCAAAUGCUCAAAUUCAGUACCCAACCGCACCGCAAGUUUCAUACCCACAGACUGCAAAAAGAGAAUCGGUUGGAUUGCCUGCAGUAGCAUCUACUGGAAUUACUGGGUUCCCAUAUUAUGUUACUAAACCAUGAUGGUCACCUAUAAGCUUUUUUAGGGUCCAUGGUAACUCCUAUAUCAUCUGCCACAAACACUCCCCAGUGUCUAGGUCGGAAGCAUUACACAUCAGGUAGUUUCUAGUCGUUGUGCCAGUGUCAAAAUGAAAUAGUCUGGAAUUCAUAACCAUUUUUAUCGGAAAUUGAAUGUUAUGUGGGUUGUUUGA